ACGUAUAUGAUGACUUCCAAGAAACUGUUAAGAAAAGACUUCGUUAUAUAAUUCCUAAAAUGUCAGAAUACUUGGAUGAUCGUAAAACUGAAAGUGUAUUACUAAAGCCAAUGCAGAAACAUAUUCUAGACACAUAUCAAGCAUUUUAUGAUAUACUGCAAAAUGAAAAUUUUGAAUUAGGUAAAUUUCCUAAAGCUUUAGGUGAUAUAGACAAAGUGAAAGAGCGAGUACGUGCUGAAUGGUUUUGGGAGGAAGAACAAAAUAAGGAAAUUC